AUGGCGGUCCAAGGCUUCGCGGUGAUCCACGCCGUCAAGAGAGCGCCCGCCGCGCCCGGAGUAGCGCCUCACGGCGCGCACCCGACGGUGCCCCCGGUGAAUCUCCAGCAGAUUCGCUUGGCGCAUGCAGAUGCUUGGUGGAAGGUAGAUGAGGUAGACGAGUCAGAGAUGACCAAGGUCCGUAGGGAUGGGUCCUUGCCCACACCCGGGCGGAGCGGAAGCAGUGGCGCGAUCCCCAGCUUUCAGCGAGGCCGUCGCGCUGCACCCACGGGUGUGCUGCCAGAGCAGCACCUGGCCGGGCAGCAUGUGCCAAUGGCCGCGCAGAACCGAAUGCCUUCACCGGAGGCGGGGUCCUUGCGUUUGAUGGCCGCCGACCCGGCGAUGAUGUUGAACCAAGCGACGAUGACGGUGGCAGCAUCCACCCCAGUCCUUGGUCGAGGCUCCCUGGGCCGUGCUCAAACUCAGCCGCCUUACCCACAGCCCCAGCCUUACUCCGCUCGUGGCAUGCGCGCGGGUGGCGCUGCGCAGCCGGAGACCAACAGAUUGUGCGAAUUCCUCUUGAAUCAACUGCACAUUCGAGUGCAGCAAUCCCAUCAAGAGAGAGAACAAGAGCUUCGCAAGCAGAUGAUGGAGCUCAAAGACAUGGAAGACCUCUUUGCGCGUGCAAAAGAGGAGGUUCACUCGGUGCUCCACCGUGCAGACGACGAGAGCGCCGCCGCCGCGGCGAACGGUGUGGCGUUGCCGCUGCGUGCGCCGCCCUCACCGAAGCCUCCCUUUGCAUGGCAACCCUCCCAGGAAUACGUCACUGGAGAAAGCCAUGAAAUCGUCACGAAGGUCGGAGACUUCGAAGAUCAAGGUUGGGUGAUCCCCGUGGGCGGCUCCUGGCGCCUCAUGCGGGGCGGCAUCUACCGAUGGACCAUCCGUAUCGAGAGGAAGUGCUCGGGGCGACCUCAGCUGCAGUUGGGCAUCCAUGGCUCUAAUCACAACCAGCCCUGGCGCUUGGUGACCACCUCUCGCUGUUCCUGGUCACGGGAUGAUGAGCCCUGGCAAGACCGGCCAGCGGGCGACCGGCUUAUAGACGAAGGGAGCUUCGUUCACAUUGAAGUGGACAUGCGGGGGAUCAACUGCACCACGGGGAGCUUCGCCAUGGCCAUCGAUGACGGGCCCUUCGAAGAGUUCUUCGAUGACAUCCCGCUGAGUCAGCCAUACUCGCUGAUCCCGGUGGUCUCCAUGGGGGGCAACCAAUCGUGCGUGAGCCAUGAUCCUGGGGCCCACCGCUGUCGUGCCGCGGCGGACACCGCCGCGGCGGACACCGCUGUGGCGGACAGUGAAGAGAUGGUUCUCCUACGAGGAUUACUGUGGGGGAAGGAUGGCGGCCAAGACACCUUGGCCUAUCGACUUCACGGUCCCAAGCCAUUGGCCGUCGUAGUGCAUCCAGUGGUGACUGCUGGAAAAUCCACGUGGGGCAAGCCUUGGCCACAAAUCCUUUGGGACGCCGAAGAGGCACUUGGUUUGGCCCGCGCCAAUCGACCCAACGAGACUCCUCACGGCGGAUGGGAUGAUGAGGCCUUCGCCACCGCGGAGGCCCAGGAUCUGCUGCGGCGGCAGCAGAGCGGCGCCUGGACGGCACCGGAGGGCUGGCACCUGGACCGUGGAGAGGAGGCCGCCGAUGGGACCAUGACGACGGAGAGCGACGAUGAGUACGACGUCCACGAGGCGGCCUGGCAGAACGGCGUCAUCAAGCGACAGUUCGCAGAGACCACGGUGGUGAAGGCGCGCAUUCCCUUGCGCCUUCCUUCCCUGCAGAGUGGGGAUGAGAUGCUGAUCGAUUCCAACACCUAUUUUGGCAAAGGAAAGGUGGCUGAGCUGGCCAUGUACAUUGCCCAGAAUCCCUGUGACUACCUCUUCGUCAACACGACGUUGACGCCGACGCAGUCACGGAACUUGGAGACGGUCCUCAACAACGCGGUGGCCGCCGGAGACGCGCAGCAACGACGAGAUGAAAAUCGAGGGAUACCUCCUGGAACAAAGUUUCCAGGCCUCGAGGUGAUCGAUCGAAAUCGCUUGGUCUUGGAGAUCUUCAACCUACGGGCGCGGACGCCACAGGCAAAGGUCCAGGUGGCACUGGCGCGACUGGAGUAUAUGAAGGGUCGCCUGUCGCUAUGCACCAAAAAGCAGAUGAAGGACACCAUCCGACUCCUACAGCAGGAGGUAGGGCCCUUCAAGGAAGUUCAGGGUUACCCGAACAACGUGUAUGCGCAGUACCACUACGAGACUUCUCCCUUUGAAACUGAGAAGUCUUUGCUGCGACAAGCUGAGCUUCGCUUCAAGAAGAUGUUGGAAACUGCUCCUUGGCCCACCGGGAUUGGCCGAUGGCAGUGGGACUGGCGCACGUUUUCACCGUGGAAGAUCCCAACCCCUUGGGCCGUGGUGCAAGAGGCAACCAAUCCCAUCAUCUCACCGACCGGCAUUGGGAUGACCAAGUGUCCGAUGCUGUGCGCUGAUGAGGAGAAGAAGGUCCGGAAGAAGGCCCGCGAGAAUCGAGAAGGUGUCCCCACCAUUGGCAUCGUGGGCUACACGAAUGCAGGCAAGACAUCGCUGAUGAACCGCCUCACCGAUGCAGGCCUCCGGGAACGUGAUUUGCUUUUUCAAACCUUGGACACCACGAUGCGGAGGGUGAAGCUUCCGUCUGGGGGGGCAGCUUUCCAAGCAACCUUGGAAGAGAUCAUUGACUGUGACGUCCUGUUGCACGUUCGCGACAUUGCUCAUCCACAACGCACCAUGCAGAAGCUUGGUUCGAACUGGGUUCAUUCUGAUAUGUCGCAACCUUUGUACAUAUUUGCCGCAUACCCAGCGUGGGAAAGCUUGAGUUCGUUCUUAAUCACGCCACAAGAUGACUUCGCACAAAUGCUUUGCACCAAGUUGCCAAAGUCCUGCUGUUUCUGCAGCUGCCCCACCGUUUGA